AUGGCGGAAAAGAAAGCUUGGGUAACUUUAGUAACAGAAAAUUCGUAUUUAAAAGGAUUACAGUGUUUAGCACGUUCCCUGAAACGCGUGCAAACCGUUUAUCCUUUGAUAGUUCUUCAUCCAGACACAUCUAUUAAUAUUUCAACGGGUCAACCCAAAGAAAAAACUUCAUUAACAGCAGAAGAUUUAGAAUCAAUCAAAAAUGAAGGAUGUGAACUAAAAGCAAUAGAGAGAAUUUAUCCAACCAGUGAACCUAAAGAAUAUGUUUGGGACCAUUUUCAAGAUUCUUGGACAAAAUUAAGAGUUUGGGAUAUUGAAGGAUAUGAUAGAGUAGUAUUUUUGGAUGCAGAUAUGUUGGUAAUGAAAAAUAUUGAUCAUUUAAUGAAUAUGAAUUUACCCAAGGAUUUUUUGGGUGCUGUUAAUGCUUGUACGUGUAAUCCAAGAAAAAAACAAAAUUAUCCAAAAGAUUGGAUACCAUCUAGCUGUUCAUAUACUUUAGGUCCAAUUAAACCAGAAUCUGAAGAUACACCACCACCUGUUGAAUUAAAAGGAUAUUUUAAUAGCGGAUUAUUAGUUUUAACACCAUCAAAGCAAAUAUUUGAAGAUUUAUCGAAUUUUCAUUAUAACCAUCCUGAUGUUAAUUCUCUUAGUUUUCCAGACCAAGAUGUUUUAAAUGAAUGUUUUAAAGGAAAAUGGGUACCAUUAUCAUAUACUUAUAACGCUUUAAAGACAUUAAGAACUUGUCACCCCUCCAUAUGGGAAGACAAAGCAGUCAGAAAUGUACAUUAUAUUAUGUCUGAUAAACCUUGG